AUGAAGAAGGACCAAAAGCGGAACCACUGCUCCGUGGAUGACGACGGAAAACUCUUCAUGUACCGCAACCAUGCACCUAGCAUGAUGCCACACGGCGGUGACAGCUUAGGUGGAUUCCUUACGUGGGAAUCUAAGGAAGAGUAG